AUGGCCGACGCCAAGGACAAAAUGUACAAGUACCGUCAGGAAAUCAGCCAGGACAGUCUCGCUACCCUUACCGCCGGUGACAUGGCUGCCUGCGUUGCCUACUCCGACUUUACGCCCUCGCCUGAAUCAUUCAAGAGAAUUCUUAUUGACACGAUUCGACAGAUGAUGUACGUCUCCGGCGAGACUGGCGAGCCUUCCGUGGAAACUACGAGUAUCAUUGAAGACAUUGUGCGACAACAAGUCAUCGAGCUGCUACGGAACUGCACGGAGCUCGCCUCGCGCCGCGGCUCCAAGUCCAUCAGCACCAACGACCUCAUAUUCCAGAUCCGGCACGACCAAGCCAAAGUCUCGCGCCUCCGCACCUUUCUCUCCUGGAAGGACGUGCGGAAAAACAUCAAAGACUCGGACGACAAGGGUGCCGACGCCGAUCUCGCCGCGGGCGACGAUCCCGGCAACGUCGCCGGGCCCGUCGACGAGGCCGCCAAGAAGAACAAGAAGGCCAAGGUCGGCCUGCCCUGGGAGCCGGCGUCCUUUUUCAACGUCGAGGUGCCCGAGCGAGACGAUGAGGAGGAUGACGAGGAGGAAGAGUCUAACUGGAUCACCCUGCAGCGCCUCCGAAAAGCCGACGACCGCACCAGGGCCAUGACGCGCGAAGAAUACGUGACGUGGUCCGAGUAUCGCCAGGCGUCCUUCACCUGGCGCAAGGGCAAGCGCUUUCGUGAGUGGGCCGGCUUCGGCAUCGUCACGGACAGCAAGCCCUCGGACGAUAUUGUCGACAUACUCGGCUUCCUCACCUUUGAGAUGGUCCAGACCCUCACGGAGAUGGCGCUCAAGGCCAAGGAGCAGGAGGACACGGCCCGCGCGCUCAACGGCGGCGACGCAGCCUCUCUGCAGCAGCAGCAGGGCAGCACCAAGAAGCGCAAGCACCAGCACGGCCUGUUUGAUCCACCGAGCGAGGGCCGCACGCCGGUCGAACCCCGGCACGUCCAGGAGGCGUUUCGCAGGUUCCAGCAGCGGCCCAAGAAGACGAGGGCUAUGCUCAACCUCACCCGCAUCGCGGAAAAGACACCUCUCAACAUCUUUUAA